AGCAUAUUUGGCUAGAAACGUCUGGCGACUUUGACUCGCGGAAGCAUCGAAACUAUUGAAAUCAUCAGAACUCAUCGAAAUCUCAAUAAGUCAAGCCCACGUUUCCUUGUGAGAGCUUGUAUGGCACAUUGGGCGACAUUUCGAUUUCGCUUAUGAAAGUGUGUCUGUUGUUGUUUCUGUUUUGGAUCGGUUGUAUAGCAGUCGCCGUGGUUACUGACCCAUGGGCCUUGAUACAUGGAUUCAGGGUGUUGCACGCUGCGUCGGCAGCACAGUCUUCUGAACAACACUCUUCGCAACCAGCGCCGUCACAGUCGCUUCUGGAACAGACAAUGACUCCACGAUCCUCUUCACAGCCAGCACUGCAAAAGCCGAUUCAUGCGCAGACUACGACUCAGCAAGCCAGCGGCCAGUCGUAUACUUCCCAGCAGUUCACUGAAGCAAAUAAGAGUGGCAAUGUUGUUGGUGGCCCCGUGAAGCUGCAUGAGGCAGCCCAGCAAAUCGUGAAGUCUGGCUGGCAGCUGCUGAACUUGUCUGCCCAAGCUGCUCAACUUGUGCUGAAUGCAGUCCCCAUUGAUCUUGCACGGCAGCCAGAGCCACGCGCAAGAGUGUAUUCCUUAGGCUCCUCGGAAGGCAGGCUACAGUUACCGCCCGUCGAGUACAGCUUGAUCGUCAAUAUGCAUAACCGAUAUAAGAACCUCGUGACUGUCCUGGCUUCUUAUUUGAUCACCCCGAGAGGGUCUUUCGAACUACUUGCAUUUUGCGAUGGCUGCAACGCGAAAACUUUGCAACGAGCCGAGAAAGCCUUCGAUACUUACCUGCCGAUUGUCUGGAACGGGAGCGCCGCGGCGUGCAGCCUGGAAUUUCUCAAGAGCGUCACCGGGCACGUGGCGCCUGGGAAGUCGAACCAGCGCUACUGGGAGCCUGUACGCGAGAUGUGUGUCGCCGCUUGUGGCGACGCAUUCUUUCGCCAGUGCGGAUCACUGCGGCGGGCGGUGCUGGUCGAUCAGCCUUCCGCGAUAUACGAGACUGCUUCAAAUAACAGAGGUGCAAUCUUGGCCGAGGGCCAGUUCCUGAUCAUCAUGCAAGACGACUGGGUAAUGACCCAGAUCGGGUGGAAUGUCCACAUGUCGCUUCCCGCGCGCUUAUAUGACGACGUCUUCGGCAUAUCCGCCAACUGCGCGCACGGAUGGCGUGGAUUACCGGGCGGCAGGGUGGGCCGGUGUUUGGAUGACCAGAGGGAUCGACCGCUCGACCCAGAAUUGGUGAGAAAGUCGGGCACCUUCUUCGUGCGGCCGACGGGGAACAGGGGCCCUAUCCUUUAUAACGCCAGCAAGUUCAGACAGAUGGGUUAUCCAAGACCUGUACUUCCUAAUGGAUGCCGACGACCACGCGUUUCACACCUCGGCUGUGCAUUCGCAGGGCUGGGUGUCGGGUUAUCCGCCGUGUGCCCCUGCAGAUGAUAGUCCUCGGGGGCGCGGGGCGCAAGGAUUCGGACGCGGUCGCCUUCAAGGACAACGGGUUCAAGACAAAGGAGGCGGAGCAGGAGUACAAGCAGUGGAGGAAGGGUCUGCGGGAGACGGGGAAGUUCCGGCAGCCCGAGAAGGGCUGGCGUGGGAUGCCCACCGACUUCGGGAAAGAGCGGACGCUCAGUCUUACAGGGCUCUCUUCUAGCAUUUGCGACCGCUAGCAGAAAGAGCAUCGUCGCCCUCGACGCCUGGCAAGUGCCAGCGCGUCUGUCACGGUGCCCUCUGGGUGGAGGAGCAGGUGGUCGACGGUGGUACCUUGCAACAGGCAUGCUCAACGAGCGAACUGACAGCACGCAAUGGACGAACUAGCGAGUCAGUUCGGCACUGCAACUCUUUUCGGUGAUCCCGCGGAGCUUCGGCUGAAAAAAGCAGCGUGAUGCCACAGUCCACAUGUAAGGAACGUCUUCAGACACGGCCGACUUUUCGAAGUACCAGCUCUGCCAAUGUUAAGCCGCUGUGGUGCGUCCAUACCAAGCGUUCUCGGACGCCCGUCGCUCUCAUCCACAUUAUGUGAGUCCAUAGUUCGUUGAAGCCUGUCGGCGUUGCAUGGGUUUUGUUUGCUACGUCUUGCUCCCGCUUUUCCUCUGCAUCAUUGCGGCCACUUCAGAUGUCCAGUUGGUAGUUCACUCCCUUGUCCGUCGCAGUACCAUGAUCAUGGCGUUUAGCGUUACACUUGCACACAUCACGCCACGCAUAUAGAAACAUUUUGCCGCUUUGGUUCGGUAAGAUGUUGAUUAAAAGGGUUAGCUAUUAGUGGCUCGACUCCAUCAGACUGCCACUGGGGAUCUAUGAAGGUUGCUGCAGUAUGAUGUGGCCGCCUACCAGAGUCUGACACGUCGCAGCGCCGUGGGCUCGUGGGUCGCCGAUCUGCUUGCGGGGAGGGGAGCGCCAUCAAUGUCCCGCAAGGUGGAAGUUGGACAGCUGGUGGCGUCAUCUUUGCAGUCAGUGUUGAGUGAAUGCUUCGGGGGCCUCUUCCGUAUGUGCGUUCGUUCUUUGAGGUUGUCUGAUUGUGUAAUGUCGCACUAUUUCAGUGUAGACGGUCGGAAUUUCGAGUGAAAUGUACUGUGUGUCGUUGAAGUGUUUUUUGAGGUUUCAUGUUGCGGUCGUUCCCGUAAGUUCGUGACGUUGGAUGAUCGGUCCCGUUUGACGCUAUAAGUGGUACUCCACCCAUUGCGCUCCGUUACCACCCAUGUCCGAAUACCGACCAUUCAUUAUUCAUCCAGCCAGGUGUAGAGAUUGUGGGACUUCGAUCUGUAUCUAAACACGCACGGUAGUUUUUGCGCCUCGCUAUGGAAUGCUCUUGCUUGCACAUGGUUUUCCGCUCAGGAUCGGUAACACGCAUCUGUGUUUGUUCAGUCAUUGUUUACACUGGGCAUCUCAUUUGUUUACCUUCGUAUUGCCAAAGAUGGAACGAGUGCAUUGUGGUCGAUUGAAUUUUGGCGGUGCCAGAGCGUACAUGGCGUGUCGAAAGAAGCAGGUGGCACCAGAAGCUUUAUUAUGCACAAGAGAGCUUGGCACCUUGGCGCUGGUUGGUGAAAACCUGUCAUGAACUCAUGUCCAGGCACUUGGUCGUUUGUAUGAGCGUCGUGACGCACUCGUGUACCACACCUGGCCUCGUGCAUUGUGUUUACGGUCUGGCAGCGCUGGCGUAUCCAGCAUCUUUCUUGGAUGCGUCAUCAGGGUUUCAUCAGCCUCUGUUGUACAUGUGCGUUUCCAUGCAAGGCGGUGGUUUUAUGGCUUGUUGGUUAUACAGUCACGCGUGGCGAGUUUUGUUACCGGGUUGACUGUUACUCUUUGUUGUCGGUUUUCCGCGCACGUCGCCAUACGCGAUGCGCCGACGCAGAUCAUACAUGGCGUUGGCGAUCGCGUAGUAUGGCUCUGGUAGCCCGCCAUCAGUUGUUUAUACAUAGUUCAGUUACGUGUGAACGCAUUGUUGCAAACAUUGCGUCGUAAGGCUCACGCUUGGAAUCAUGGCUUCGCAGUUGUAAUACAGACCGAAAACCGGAGAGCGAGUAUCGGGCUUCC